AUGGCACCUCCAUGCUUCGAGUUCGAAUGGGAGAUAUAUGAGUUCCUGGACAGCAUACGUGUGCAAGAUGGCCAAAUUGUGCUGCGAGCGUUCUCCGGCGGACAGCACAGCAAUCAGCUGGCUCUCGUCCUUGGCGUGAGAUGCGAUGAUGCUGGCAGGAGCUCCGUCGAAGCCGUUGGGAGCUGUCUUAUUGUGAGCUCUUCUGCCUGUACCAUAGCUAUUGGUGCUCAGACAACAUUCCGAGCAUCGGACCCAGAAACGGCGGCGGUGGACAACGUCAACAACGCACUCGAACAGCCAUGGCAGACACUUCUUGACAGGCACGUCGCUGACUACAAGUCUCUGUUCGAUCGCGUUAACCUUCGAAUGUGGCCAGAUGCUUCAGACAUCUCGACAAAUGAACGCAUCAAGGACCGUCGCGAUCCAGGGCUUGUCGCUCUGUAUCACAAUUUCGGGCGAUACCUUCUGAUCUCGUGCAGCCGCGACUCCUACAAAGCACUGCCAGCGAACCUGCAAGGCAUCUGGAACCCCUCUUUUGCACCACCGUGGGGGUGCAAGCUGACUAUUAACAUCAACAUAGAGAUGAACUACUGGCCUGCGGCUCCAUGCAAUCUGUUCGAGUGCACUCUGCCACUUGUUGACUUGCUGGAAAGAAUGGCAGAGAGAGGCCGCACGACGGCGCUUACAAUGUACGGAUGCAGGGGAUGGUGUGCCCAUCACAACACAGACAUCUGGGCAGACACAGACCCCCAGGACAAGUGGAUGCCGGCAACUUUGCGGCCUCUGGCAGGAGUCUGGGUCUGCAUCGAUGUGAUGAAACUGGUGAGAGAACGGUACGAUCGGAGCAUGCACGAGCGCCUUGCUCCGGUUCUCGAAGGCUGCGUCGAGUUCCUCCUCGACUUUCUCGUCCCAUCCGAGUGUGGAAAAUACCUUGUGACAAAACCCUCGCUCUCCCCUGAGAACACAUUCGUGUCAGACGGCCGACCAGGUACACUCUGCGAGGGGUCGACAAUGGAUAUGUCGAUUGUGGAUAUGGCCUUCGAGUACUUCUUGUGGACGGUCGAGAAGCUGCACGGAGGGAACCAUCCGCUGGCUGAUAGAGUCGAAGAAGUGACACUGCCACCGGUGCAAAUCAACGGGAAAGGCCUGAUACAAGAAUGGGGCCUGAAAGACUACGAUGAGCUCGAGCCAGGUCAUAGACACGUUUUUCAUCUCUUCGGGCUAUAUCCAGGCAACACGCUCCGCACCCACGAGGAGAUAAUGGCAGCCAAGAGAGUUUUGGAGAGAAGGGCGGCCUAUGGGGGAGGGCACACUGGUUGGAGCAGGGUAUGGCUGCUGAACCUGCAUGCUCGCUUGAGAGAUUCCGAUGGGGCGGGAAAGCACGUGGAGCUUCUUCUCAAGGACUCAACUCUCGACAACAUGCUGGACAACCAUCCUCCGUUUCAGAUCGACGGCAACUUUGGUGGGUGUACAGGCAUCCUGGAAUGUCUCGCGAGACGCUGGGAGCCGACGCUGUACGGGGCUGGCGUGACACUACUGCCAGCUUGCCCAAAAGAGUGGGAACGUGGGAAGCUGACAGGACUUCACGUCCGUGACGGUUGGACCGUCUCUUUCCAGUGGAAGGACGGCAAAGUUGUUGACCCUGUGACGGCCCAUAAUUCGGUGCAUGAUGGUUCCACGAUGGCUGUCAAAUACCCAGAUGGGAAAGUUGCCGUCGUUCGAGGGUUUGGUGAACAUCACAUAAGGUACGACGAGCUGACAGCUGGAGAAGGGCCAUGUGGGGAUUUCAGAUGA